UCCGCCGGCGACUCUUCAAUGAGAACGACGACGGUUCCGUGGCUGGGCGAGCGUUUCCACCGGGUGUCACGUUUCCGUCGACGGAAAUAAAUGCGUGUGCCGAAGUGCGUGUCCCUGCUCGCGCCCUACGUCAUCCCGUCCCUAGGAUCGUUCGGGAGAAUCGUCCACGAGAAAUUCCACUCUCGUUGUGUGUCGGUCCGUGGCAAUUUUUCCAACGCCGCGCCUCGUCGCUUCUGAACCACGAUCGCUUCCUAUUACACGCGGCUGUCAGUCACAAAAAGGCAACUGCAAGCGUUGUCUGCUACCAUCUACGCUUUUCAGAAUAUCGAUCAUCCGAUCCAGAAAUUCUACCACGAAGACUCCAGUACUAUCGGCGGAUGCCGGGAACAACCACGACAUAUCCGCGGCAAUCAUCCCAGGAAUUCGACGAAUCUACCGAAAAGACCAAGGGAAAAAGGAAAUAUCUGGGUUAAGCAGUCUUCUACCAAUUCAGGCAGCGAAGACCAGCAGAUGCGUUGAAGAUCCGUGACCUUCGACUUGUUCGGCUGAAAUCCAGUCGCACGGUGGACCGAAAUCUGAUAAACGAAAGGGUGUACCAAGGUAGAUUCAGCAGAAAUCAAUGUGGAUCGCGCGGUACGAUGAAAAUCGUGGGCAAAGGCGCGCCAACGUUUAAUCUCUGCAUAGUUGGGCGAAAGUAGACGAUGCUUGACGCUCUUCCAUCGAGUGUUUCUGCUCGGAGCAGCACCGUGACUGACGUUCGACUGGCUCGUUGAAUCGAUCCGGCAAACCCGGCCGGGUUAUCGCGCGCGAUUGUCGUGUAGCAAUCAUGCCGAUCGAACUGGCCAAUCGUUACUAGAGCGGUAACGGCGAUGGCUCGUCGUGUUGCCGAUCCGGGGACGAUUGAUCUUGGUGAUCGCGCGUGCUAGUGACUUGCCAGUGUCAAAGUGGAAUUAUGCUAGUGUGCAUCGCGACGUCUCUGCGGCGCGCUUCGCGCUUCUUGCCCUCUUCUCUGCCUGCUUCUAAGGGAAGAUCGUCCGCCAGCGGAGAAACUCACAGCGACGCGAUGUCGAGAUCUCGAGAGCGACGAAGAAGACUUUCCAACGUCCCAACGCGAGGCGUCCUCAGGCUGAUUCUCCAGCUUCUACUGAUCCAGAAUUUUGCGUCAACGGGAACUACCGGCCAGAUAGCUGAGUGCCCGCCUCCUGAAACAAUUCCCGGUUGUCCCUGUUACAAUUUCGAGGAUGGGCUUUUCCUGGAAUGCGCCGGAGCCACCGAGGAGACCCUGAGGAGCACUCUCUUAAGCGUUCUGAGCGCGUCCGGAACAGGCACGAUGGUACAGUCGUUGAGCGUUUACGAGUUGGACAAAACCGUGGAGGAACUGAAGGACGGCUGCUUCCCGCCUGGUUCUCAGAUCAGGCAUCUACAAAUAUCGCAUUCGUCCCUUCGAGAUAUCAGCGAGGGCGCAUUUACAAAUCUUAAAGACAGUUUAGAAUCCUUGGCCCUACUUUCAAGCCGUUUGCUCCACGUGCCACAGAAAUCAUUGGCUGACCUUCGUAAACUAGCAGCCUUGGAUCUCGAAGGCAAUUUAAUACAAGACCUGUCAUCCUAUUGCUUUUACGGAUUAAAACUAAUGAAGCUGACUCUAAAGGGCAACCAAAUAUCGAAAAUCUCGGAAUACGCGUUUGCAGGGCUAGAAGACAGUCUCAGUGAUCUGGAUCUAACGGAAAACAAGCUAAAGCUGUUUCCCAUGGCGCCAUUAAGAAGGUUAGAGAGCCUCGCCUCUCUGAGACUCGCUUGGAACGAAAUAUCCGAGCUACCAGACGACGGCUAUAGUCUAUUAAGCGCGCUGUUGAUCCUAGACUUAAGUAGCAACAACUUCGAGAAACUGUCCGAGGAUUGCCUGCGAUCGUGUCCAAUUUUACACACUCUAUCCUUCUAUUACAAUUCCAUAGAAACUAUCCACAAAGACGCAUUUAUUUCGCUCAAGGAACUCGAAUCGAUUGACCUGAGCUAUAAUAAGAUUGUGUUCCUCGACGUGGCGACGUUCAAGGGGAACGAAAGAUUACGCAACAUCGAGCUGAGCAAUAAUCACAUCCACUACAUCGGCGGAGUGUUCGCCAGGUUGCCCGAAUUACGUGAGCUUUACCUAGCGGAGAAUAAUAUUCUAGAAAUCCCUGGUGACGCGUUUAUCGGCAGCGUGAGCCUGGCGGUUGUCUACCUUCAGCAGAACGCCAUCAGAAGAAUCGAUGGCAGGGGUCUUACCAGUCUGACCCAAUUGGCCCAAUUGCAUCUGAGCAACAACUACAUCGAAAAGGUGCCGCUGGAAUUCCUCGAACACUGCGAGAACCUUUCCUCGCUGUCUCUCGACGGUAACAAGAUCCAUGAGCUUCAACCGGGCACUUUCUUAAAAUUACAUCAACUGAGGGAGUUACGGUUGCAGGACAAUAACAUCACCGAGGUGAAACGGGGUGUUUUUUCGCCCCUUCCAUCGUUACUCGAGCUCCAUUUACAGAACAACGCAAUCACCGACAUGGAAACAGGCGCGUUGAGGACCUUGCACAGUCUUCAACACGUCAAUCUGCAAGGUAAUCAGCUUACCGUACUGGGAGACGUGUUCCAGUUAUCCGCUUCGGAAUCCACGUCCGGCGGAAGUUCACUGGUCUCCAUUCAAUUGGAUAGUAACGGCCUGGCCGUGUUGCACAACGACUCUUUGCGUGGCCAAGCAUCGGUUAGGAUCAUGUGGCUCGGUCAUAACAAAUUGACACACCUGCAGGCGCCGCUGUUCAGGGAUUUGCUGUUGGUCGAGAGACUCUACUUGACCAAUAACUCGAUAUCCAGGAUAGAGGACGGCGCCUUUCAGCCCAUGCAAGCUCUAAAAUUCCUUGAACUGAGCAUGAACAAACUCAGUCAUAUUACAGCACGGACGUUCUCCGAAUUGCAUGAACUGGAAGAAUUGUAUCUUCAGGACAACGGUCUCAGGCGAUUGGAUCCGUACGCUCUGACAGCUUUGAAGAAGUUGAAAGUCCUAGAUUUGGCGAACAAUCAUCUAACUGUCCUUCACGACGCCAUCUUUCAAGAAGAUUUACCGAUCAGAACGUUGAAUUUGAAGAAUUGUUCUAUUAUAAGUAUAGAGAGCGGAGCUUUCAGAGGACUUAAUAAUUUAUCCGAUUUAAACCUCGACGACAAUCACCUUACAGCUCCUGCCUUGUUUAACCUACACAUCUCAGGCCUUCGAACUCUAGCCGCAUCUGGGAAUAACUUCAGUCAAAUCUCAGAUCAUAGCUUGAACGGCCUGCCAUCUCUACAGGAAUUGUAUGUCGAUAGAGCAGAGAUCUCUCAGUUACCGGAAAUCAUCUUCGUAUUAAAUCGAAACCUGGCUCGAUUGCACUUAAACAAAAACAACCUGCGGAAUCUACCUCCAGGCAUCUUCGACAGACUCGUGUCUCUCAGAGAGAUUAAAUUGGAUCAUAAUCGGUUCCAGGACAUUCCGUAUUCGGCCUUGGCCAAUGCCUUGAACCUCGAGAUCCUCACGCUAUCCAAUAACGAGAUCGUGAACGUGGACGUGGCCAGUUUCGCUAGCCUCAAACACCUGAGGGAAUUGGACCUCAGCCACAAUCGAAUCGAGACAAUGUCCGGCUUUGCCACGGCCAACCUAUCGUGUCUCACCUCCGUAGACCUCAGUCAUAACCAUCUAAACGCUCUUCCUGCAAAUUUCUUUGCUCAUUCUUCGACACUCCGCAAGGUGGAUCUUUCUGAGAAUAAAUUCAGACAAAUUCCAGCUGUAGCGUUAUCCGGCCAGAAUCUUCCUAUGCUAACUUGGUUGAAUUUGACUAGGAAUCCCUUGAAUAGGAUUCAUGUUCUCCCUUCGGAAGCGAAAUACCCAUUUCUUCAAGAAGUGCACAUAUCAGGCACGAAUCUCAGCAUAGUAACGUCGCAAGAUUUCGAGGCGUUCCCUGCUCUAUUGCAUUUGUAUUUGAGCCAGAAUUGCAUAUCGAGGGUGUCACCAGGGGCAUUUAGAAGUUUGCCUAACCUCUUAACCCUGCACCUGGGAACCAACAACUUGGACAUUUUGCCGAAAGAGAGGCUACAAGGGAUGGAGCAUCUAAGGAUCCUGAAUCUGACCCACAAUCUACUGAAAGAGCUGGACGAGUUCCCGGAGGACUUGAAGUCCUUACAGAUAUUGGACCUCUCGUACAAUCAGAUCAGUAUUGUGGGCAAGGUGACGUUCAAGAAUUUGGUCAGCCUGGUGGAGCUGCAUCUUUAUGGUAAUUGGAUCAACGCUAUCUCCAGCGAGGCGUUCAGACCGCUCAAGAAGCUACGAUUGCUGGAUCUCAGUAGAAAUUACUUGGAAAAUCUACCGUUGAAUGCGUUCAGGCCUCUCGAGACGCAGAUUCGGAGCCUACGCGCCGAAGAGAAUCCUCUGGUCUGCGGCUGCGAGUCUCAAGAGCUUUGGGAAUGGUUGAGGGACCACCAGAAGCUGGUUAGUGGAGUAGGAGGUGGUCGCGGUCGCGGAAGAAACGGUGUCGGGGUCGGCGAUGUAGAGGACGGUCUCCUCAAGUGCCAACAGCCGCCGGAAUUGCAAGGUCUGGUUUUCCUGGAUCUCGACCCCCACGAGUUCUGUUCCGCUCCGUUGAUUCUCAAGCUCGCGAUUCAGGACAUCCAACCGUUCUCGGUCCUCGUGUCCUGGCAAAGCAGAAACCACUCCGGCCUUCAUGGCUACCAAGUGGCCUACCACGCGCUGGACAACGUCGAUGAGGUGCGAGGCAAGCUGUUGGAUCCUAAAGCACGUUCGGUGAGGCUGACAAAGUUAGCCUCGGACACCCGGUACCUGAUCUGCGUGCUGGGACUGGGCAGCUGGGGCACGUCAAUCCCAGAGGACAUUGGCUCUUGGCAAUGGAACGCUUCUCACGACGACGUGAUCGAGGGCUCGGCCCGUCCCGCGAUGGUGAACUCGCUCACCAGUCAGUGCACGGAGGUUAGAACCCUAGACGCGCCUGAUUCAAUCGUCGGCGACGGAACAAUGAGCGACCGAGGAAGUCUGGCGAACAUAUUGACCAGAAGACUGGGUCUGAUAGUUGGCAGUUGUAUGGGCUUCGUGGUGUUCAUCGUGUUGAUAUCCGUGUUAGGUUACAUGAAGAUGAAGAAGCAGAGGUCCACCGAGAAGAGAGACCAGCCACUUUCGUCCAAUCCGCAAGCGUACAUGUCCUACAGGCAUUUCUCGUUGCAAAGCGGAGACAGAGCGGACAACGCGUGUCCCAGUUUCAUCAGCAAUAUCGGCACCACUCCGUUGAACUCGUAGCACAAGCCAAAGGAGUCUCGAAAAGAGGCUGAGCACCGUGGAAUCGAAAUGAAGAACUCACCCAGCUGUGUAGGUAUCUUUGGCUAGUCAGGAUCAUAGAAACGAUGAUUAGGUCCUGUGAAAAAGAAGCGUCGAAGAACGAGUCAACAUGGCGUUAAUUUUUAGUCCCGUUUGCGGGCACGACUCGGAUAUAGGUUGCUCAGUUUUAGAAGGAAUCCGUUAAAUACUAGAUCGAGCGGGGCGUCAAUGAUCGAUGCAGGCAAUUCAAUUAAGGAAAGUGCCAAAACUGACGCGCAUAGGUUUUAACGAGGAGUCUCGAUUGGUCGCUUAUUUCUGCGGAUCGUCGUGAUGUGUCUGUUAAUCCGCGUGCGUGAAUGGAUCUGACAAUGAAAAACGAGACCGUGAACACGUGCCAAAAAGAUAUUCGAAGCGGGUCGAAAAGAGAUACAAUUCUUUUCAAAGGACUUGCGAAUGUAUUGCUCAGUAACGAGAAACAAAAAAGACAACAAGCGACUCUGGCCCUUUUUUCUAGAAACAAAAGCGGACAAAAGGAGACAAAUUACCGAUCCUUCUUGACCAUUCGUAUGAACCGAACAACGAUGUAAACGACCCCUUUUGAAACAUUCGAAUCUCUCCUAGGAAGACUGAUUUUUUAAACGCCGUUUCUCCAAACAUCCACAAUCACACCAUCCUCCAAAAAGUAUUCCCGUCAUUUCGAUGCUCGUAUUAUAUAUUAUGUGUACGAUACGUGAGGAUUUUUUGUAAAUAAUAGCAUAUAAAAUAUCGCGACUUAAACAGAAGAAACGAUGUUCACACUGACGAUGCUCUCGUAAUAUACCGCGAGGAUACUCGUCCUUCUAGUGCUGCGCAAGCAAUAUUACACUUACUCUAAUCGAUAGUCCCGACGAUCAGCACUAAAGUUAAUUAAGAGGGCGGUCUUUUAGAAAACGCGAGUUCGUUCAAGGUAUUUUUUCUCCAUAAGCGUCCACCGCUACCGGAAAAAUCCUAACUGCCGCGGCUGUCUCACUUUCCUCUCUCUGUCUGUCUCUCUCUCUGUCUGUCUUUCUCUCUCUCUCUCCCUAUGCCUCUCUCUAUCCCUUUAUCUCUGUACCCUCGUGUAUCCACCGCGUGUCGUCGAUCGUCCGGCAUACGGAAUUUUCUCGAAUAAACGCGACCGAGUGGCGCGUCACUCCUGCCAAGAAACGAGAGAACGGAGAAUCGGUUUCGAGUUGCCAACUGUGUUAUACGGUGACAUUGUGGAAGAUGGAUUUAUUGUAUAUAGAUAGAAGAUAUGUAUACACAUAGCAUUCUUUAUUAUAGCAUAGGCUUUCGGUUAAUAAAAAUACACCAAAGCUA